GGCUGGGAAGCGGCGCCAUAUUGGCGUCGGCCGCGCUGUAUUGUCAUAAAUAGAGCCGGUUUUGUGGUGUCUUCACUACUCGGUUGGAUGCCUCGGCCGUAGUAAGUGAGAGAGUAAGAGAGCGAGAAAGCGAGCUGCAAACGAGCGGAGGAAAGUGGACAGGAGGAGAAGGGAAGAGCAAGAACAGGACUCCAGAGCUAAAGGCACUCGCCGGUGAGGGGGACGCAGGAAGCGAUGAAAGAGAUGUCUGCAAACACCGUGCUGGACAGCCAGCGUCAACAAAAGCAUUAUGGGAUCACCUCUCCAAUCAGCUUGGCAUGUCCUAAAGAAAUUGAUCAUAUUUACACACAGAAAUUAAUUGAUGCCAUGAAACCAUUUGGAGUGUUUGAAGAUGAGGAAGAGUUGAACCACAGGCUGGUUGUUCUUGGUAAACUGAACAAUUUAGUAAAAGAAUGGAUUUCUGAGGUCAGUGAGAGUAAGAAUCUCCCACCUUCUGUUGUGGCUACUGUUGGUGGAAAAAUUUUCACUUUUGGCUCCUAUAGGCUUGGAGUACACACCAAAGGGGCUGACAUAGAUGCACUUUGUGUAGCUCCGAGACAUGUGGAGAGAUCUGAUUUUUUUCAGUCUUUUUUUGAAAAAUUGAAACAUCAAGAUGGCAUUAGAAACUUAAGAGCUGUAGAAGAUGCCUUUGUGCCUGUUAUAAAAUUUGAAUUUGAUGGAAUUGAAAUUGAUCUAGUUUUUGCAAGACUGGCAAUACAAACCAUAUCAGAUAAUUUAGAUUUAAGAGAUGACUCUCGACUGAGAAGCCUUGAUAUAAGGUGUAUUCGCAGCCUAAAUGGGUGUAGAGUUACUGAUGAAAUUUUGCAUUUAGUGCCAAAUAAAGAAACUUUCAGACUCACCCUAAGAGCAGUCAAACUUUGGGCAAAACGACGUGGUAUUUAUUCCAACAUGCUGGGAUUCCUUGGUGGUGUCUCCUGGGCAAUGCUGGUUGCAAGAACUUGCCAACUGUAUCCAAAUGCAGCAGCUUCUACUUUAGUUCAUAAGUUCUUUUUAGUUUUUUCUAAGUGGGAAUGGCCAAAUCCUGUGCUGCUGAAACAACCAGAAGAAAGCAAUUUGAAUUUGCCAGUUUGGGAUCCUCGGGUAAAUCCAUCAGAUAGGUAUCAUCUCAUGCCCAUAAUCACCCCUGCCUACCCACAACAGAAUUCUACGUAUAAUGUGUCCACAUCAACUCGAACAGUAAUGGUAGAAGAAUUUAAACAAGGUCUCGCAGUCACAGAUGAAAUUCUUCAGGGGAAAUCAGAUUGGUCCAAACUACUUGAGCCACCAAAUUUUUUUCAAAAAUACAGACAUUAUAUAGUAUUGACUGCCAGUGCAUCAACAGAAGAAAAUCAUCUAGAAUGGGUUGGAUUAGUAGAAUCUAAAAUUCGUGUACUUGUUGGAAAUUUGGAACGGAAUGAAUUUAUUACCCUUGCCCAUGUAAAUCCCCAGUCAUUCCCAGGAAAUAAGGAACAUCAUAAAGACAACAAUUAUGUAUCAAUGUGGUUCCUUGGAAUAAUUUUUCGGAGAGUAGAAAAUGCAGAAAGUGUUAAUAUAGACCUGACAUAUGAUAUACAGUCAUUUACUGAUACAGUGUACAGACAAGCAAACAAUAUAAACAUGCUAAAGGAGGGAAUGAAAAUUGAAGCAACUCAUGUUAAAAAAAAACAGCUCCAUCACUACCUUCCUGCAGAGAUUCUUCAAAAGAAGAAAAAGCAAAGUCUUUCUGAUGUCACUCGAAGUUCAAGUGGACCUCAGUCUAAAAGAUCAUCUCUGGAUAGCAAUUGUUUGGAUAGCUCCAGAGACACUGAUAAUGGAACACCUUUUAAUUCCCCAGUGUCUGCAAACAAACCUUCCAAGCCUGAUAUUCCUCCUUUAGGAGAGACAGAAAGGAAUAAUACUGAGCCCACUGCUGUAAUUGUGGAAAAGCCACUGAGUGUCCCACCAGCUCAAGGCCUGUCUAUUCCUGUCAUUGGUGCAAAAGUUGACUCUGCAGUGAAAGCUGUAUCACCCCCAGCUGUGUGUACCAUUCCUACUGUAGUAGGACGGAAUGUCAUUCCUAGAAUCACAACACCCCACAGCCCUGCCCAGGGGCAGCCACAUCUAAAUGGAAUGUCAAAUAUGACUAAGAAUGUUACACCCAAGAGAUCCCAUUCCCCAUCCUUAGAUGGGUCUUCUAAGAGGUUGAAAGACAUAGAAAAGUUUAUUCGACUUGAAUCAACAUUUAAGGAAUCACGUGCUGCUGAAGAGAGAAAAAGAAAAUCAGUGGAUGCCAUUGGAGGAGAAUGUAUGCCCAUUCCAACUAUUGAUACAUCACGCAAAAAGAGACUGCCCAGUAAAGAACUACCAGAUUCAUCAUCUCCAGUUCCAGCAAAUAACAUCCGUGUCAUCAAAAAUUCCAUUCGACUGACCCUAAAUCGGUAAAAGCAGUGCCUCCUUACUUAAGUGAAUAUGCAAUCAUUUAGUGACGUAGAUGCAGUCACUCUUUUCAAGAUAGAAGUGGCUGUAAUACAUAAGGUAAAAGUUACAGUCAUCAACCUAAUGACCUUGAAGUGGUUUUUUGAACUCUCAUACUUUGACCUGCAGAUGCUGUAGCAUUCUCUCAUUGAUUGCUACAUACACUUCUGUGAGGAUCCCCUGCUGUUAAAUUGUCAUCUACAGUAUUACGGCUUUGCUUUGGAGGUUUUACUGCCUUAACUUUCGAUGCUUGUUUCUCUGUUAUGGGAACCAGUUCUUGGCUCUUUGAACACUGAUAAAACAAGUCCUAAACUCUUUUUUUUUUUUUUUUUUUAAGUCUUAUGUUGUAAUCAUUGUAUAGAACUGAAAAAGUUGAAAACAAACAAAAAAAAGUCUUGUAAUUUUCCAAAUGUUAACACAUUUACUUUAGCAUUGAAGCCACUUUGUGAAACCUGAGAUAAAUGAAUGUGAGGUAUCAUUUCUGCUUUCCUCAUUUGUGUAGAUGUACUUACUGUCUGUUCUUUUCAUUUAAAUUAUUUUCCCCAGAUUGGCACAUGGAAUAUUUAAAUUUUUAUUUUUUUGUGCCUUUCUGUCCAAAUGUUGCAUAGUUACCAGGAAGGAUUAGUCCAGUGAUUACAUAAGAGUUGGGCACCAUAAAUUCUCUAUAUUUUGCCUCCUAUGGAGGCCUUUGAAAUGCAUCUUUAUUAAGAAUCAAAAUAUAACCACGAUACUGAAAGUCAGUAUAUGAAUGGUGAAAUUGUCACAUAUCCUAUCUCAUGCCAUUCUUGUUAGUUGACUGGUAUUUUUUACCAAGAAGCAAUUCAUUCCAGCAUCAACAAUAGGAUACCUUUAAGUCUGGCAAACGUGUAUUUUUGAGGUGUAUGAUUAACUUGGCAUGAUAAUUCCUGACCAUCACUACCCACAACUUCUGUUUCUUCAUGGACUAGGCAUGCAGAAAUAAGCAGUGGAUUCUAUUGAAACCUAAAGGCAUUUUUGAAUGACACUGUUACCAACCAUUAAUUGGCUCAGGACCUUUGUAAUUUUUAUUUAAAUAUAUGAGUUAUCUUUUUUACACUGCUUUUUUCAAUGCAUUUCUUAAUAUUUUUUAAGUUUCAUGAACGCAUGUUCCACUUAUUAAAUUCCAUAACCAUGUAAUUCUUGUAAUAUGUUGAUUCAGUGUUUUGUAAAUGAAGUCGUAUGUAUUUUCAGAGUAUUUUUGUAUGUACUGUAAGAUAACCAUCUUUUCAAAGAGAAAACUUUAAAACCUUUA